UCCAGCUAGCCUGCUGGGAGGCACGUCCCAAUGACAUGGCCUCCAGUCACAGCUCCUCCCCAGUGCCUCGUCCCAGCAGCGGAGGCCGAGAUGGGAUCUAUCACAAGGAGCGAGAUCCUUCCCCACCUCGCUACCGGCAUAUCCGCUCUUUGCCUGACGUCUGCCCGAAGGAGCUGACUGGAAAGAAAAUGCAGCAGGUCUUGGAAAUGAUCCUGAGUGAAGUCAACCCUUGUGACUCGGAUGGAGAAGACCUAGAACUUCAGCCGGAUUCGGACUCGGAGCUGUCUGAUCAGUCUUCAG